AUGAAGAGAAAGACACUCAGGGUAAACCAGAACCAAUUCACAAAAAGACAAAAAUUGUGCAGAUAUAAUCAAAGAGAAAGGAAGAAAGCCCAACAAACCUCAACUCCUCCGUUCCCGAGUAGUCAGUCACUGAUCGAGGGGUACGACAUGGGUCAUGUCAUGGGGCCGAAAAAAGAUACGAAGAAGUACGAAUUGAACGAGAAGGUGCUUUGCAAGCAUGGUCAGUAUUACUACGAAGCAAAAAUCACCGAGAUUGCUGAGGAAGAUGGAGAGACUGUGUACAUUGUUCAUUAUCAGGGUUGGCACAAGAGAUACGAUGAAAGGAUUACGUUAAGCGAGACGGCAGAAAUGUUCUUGCCUUUCACAGAAGAGAAUGUGGCGAGGUGCAAGAAGGAGAUCCAGGAUGCGUCUUCGUCAAAGAAUAAGAAGAGGAAGACAAAGGAUCCCAACGAAGAAGAAGUGCUUUAUUCCUUCUCCGAUACUCGAAGAAGUGACGCAGGUAGCCGUGCAUCUACUCCAAACAGUGUCGCUCGAUCAGCUUCUGUGUCCACUCCAUUACGUGCCAAGAUCGCAAAGAAAAGAGCUGAGGCUGGAUCGGAUGCGCCCGCAGCUACGUCAACUACAACCACAAAUGAGGUCGAAAAUGUGUUGUCAAUUCGUGAGCGAGACCCAGCUUUACUUCAAGAACUAGAUAAACUUAACGACAUGCCAGGAUGCCUCCUACAAAUUCUUGUUGACGACAGUGAUAUUAUGACCCGUCAGCGCAUGGUCUCUCGUCUACCUGCUCGUCACACAGUCGAUUCGAUAAUCGAUGAUUAUUGCGCAGAAAUUGGAUUUUUACCCAAGGAAGGAGAAGACAGUUCUAUAGCUGACUCCCCUGCUGGACUAGGAAGUAGUGCUAUAGGAUUACGAGAUUUCUUCAAUGGAGUUCUAGGGUUCCAACUUCUGUACAAAUUCGAACGUCCACAGUAUGCUGCCGAACUUGAAAAGGCGGUUGGGUCCAGUGACACUGUCUCACGGAAACGAAAAGCGAAUGCAUCGCCAGAAGAUAAUGGUAGUGCACUGGUUCCCUCAAAGCUAUAUGGACUUCCACAUUUACUUCGAUUGAUUGUUCGAUUAGCGAGCCUACUACGAGACGUCCCCUGGAACGAUACUGUGUUCCGGGACAUCAUCAAGUUAUUGAGAAGGAUUAUGAGAACACGACACCCGAAUAUCAAAAAACAGCGUGGGCGUCCACGUCUUGAGCGGGUCAUCUCUCCUUCGCCAGCACAAUGUGCAUACACGCAGACACUCCUUAAAUUGGCGCUGUGA